AUGCAUAUUGAUGUUCCGGAUGUUCCAUUGAAGGAAGCUGUCUUGCAGAAUGUGGACGUACAGAGUCCAUGUGCGGCAAAUGUAAUGAAUAAUUAUGAGGCUAAUGAAACCAUGGUGAAUAAUACUACAAUGGUGACUGAUAAUAUUGAUACAAGUGUGACACGUAUGGUGAAUAAUGAGACGACUAAUGACCACUCUCUGCACGUGGAAGAAGUUUUGCCAUGCAUGGAUGCGGAUGUUGGCCCAGUUGAUAGAUUGUUGAAGAACAUUACAGUGGUGGAGCACCGACUUCAUUUUGAUGCUUGUGGUUCAAAUGUUGAGUCUGGUGGGAAAUUAUGGAUUAUGUGGAAGAAUGAAGUGAACUUGAUUAUUGAUAGUAUGAGUGAACAGCAUAUUACAGUGUGUGUUGUUGAUAAUUUGAAACCUGUGGUUUUGACUUUUGUUUAUGUGAAGUGCACUUAUCAUGAGCGACGUCGUUUAUGGAGUCAACUAGAAGAUUUUAACUAUUCAAAGUCGUGGAUAGUUACGGGGGAUUUUAAUAUAAUUCGGCAUGAUGGGGAAAAAUGUGGUGGUCGUCCUCAUUUGGUUGCUACAAUGGAUGAGUUCAAUGCAUGUUUUAUGGACUUAGUGUCUCGGGUUUGGCUAGAGGAUACUAAUGGUUCAGGUCUUUUCAAGCAGGCUUCUAAGCUUAAAAAGAUGAAAAUUGCAUUAAAGGUUUGGAAUAAACAGGUUUUUGGGCUAACACAGGUCCAUAUUGCAAAAUUGGAAGCUCAUAUUCAGGGUUUAGAGACCAGUUUGCAAGAUGGUUUCUCAACUGAUAUGGAGUCAGAUUUGUUGGCUUCCCAAUUGGAGUUGUUGGUUUGGAUGGAUAGGGAAGAAACUCACCUGACUCAACAAGCUAAACAGACUUGGUUGCAAAAGGGUGAGGGAAUUUUUGGUUUUUUCUCUGCUAUGAGUAAAAGGAAUUGGUUUCUUAUUAAAACAAUGAGGCUUGGGGAUGGGACCAUGCUUACUUCGCCUGAGCAAAUCCAUGCGGGUGCGGUUGAUUAUUUUCAUAGGUUCUCGGAAGCUCGUCUGCGUACAGCACUCCCAGAUUUAGGUGCCUUGGUUGAUCACAUUAUCACAGAAGAAGAUAAUAUUGCUUUAUGUAAAAUCUCAUCCUCUCAAGAGGUUUAUGAUGCACUUUGGUCCAUUCCUCCGAAUAGUUGUUCGGGGCCAGAUGGGUUCAACUCGAGUUUCUUUUAA